AUGCCUCCGCGUGAGGCCUUGGCUCUUGCGGACGCACGUGGUCGUCGCUGGGCUAGCUGUGGCCCAGGCACUCGUGGGAUGGCGCCCUGCUGCGUCCGGCAGCUGGGGACUGGCAGGCCGGUUAGGGCGGGCCGGCCCUGUGGCCGGGCCCAGCACGUUGUGGGCUGAGGAAGCCGCGUUUUGGGGCCCUUACGGGAGACCGGGGUGCUCUCGGAACCGCGGCGACAGCUCAGACGCUUGCCCGGGGCGGGCGGGGGACCGCAGCCCGGAGCUGCGCGCCUGGCUGGCCCCUGGCCCGGGAUCUGGUUACCUAGGUGAGGGGCGGGGAGGAGCGGGAGACCUAGCUGCCGCCCGGCGGAGUCGCGCCUUGGGAAGCCCGUGGCCGAUGAGGGAAGACGGACCGCCGAAGGUUGGCUUGGCUUCGGAGAGGCUCGGGGUCCAGUGCCCUGGGGAAAUGAGCCUAGUUCGGGUGCAGCCGUGCCGGCCCUUCUCGGUGUGGGGCGCGGGCCGCAUCUCACAGUUUGCGCUGGCCGGGCUGUGUGGCCACCUCGUGCCGCGUGACUUGGAGGUUGCCGUUCUCCCGGAUUCGGAUUCGUUGAAAAAAAAAAAGCUUUCGGCAAAGGGGGGCAAAAAAAAGAAGCAAGUCCUGAAGUUCACGCUUGACUGCACACACCCUGUAGAAGAUGGAAUCAUGGAUGCUGCCAAUUUCGAGCAGUUUCUCCAGGAGCGAAUCAAGGUGAACGGCAAGGCCGGGAAUCUCGGUGGAGGGGUGGUCACCAUCGAAAGGAGCAAGAGCAAGAUCACCGUGACUUCUGAGGUGCCUUUUUCCAAAAGGUAUUUGAAAUAUCUCACCAAAAAAUAUCUGAAGAAGAAUAAUCUCCGCGAUUGGUUGCGCGUAGUUGCUAACAGCAAAGAGAGUUACGAAUUACGUUACUUCCAGAUUAACCAGGAUGAAGAGGAGGAGGAAGAUGAGGAUUAAAACUCCUUUGUCUGGAAUAUUUUUUAUGAGUUGUUGAAUAAAACUUGGGAACCAAAA